CUCAUUCUGCCUCUGAAGAUCAAGAAAGGUGGGGCUUGGGGGUACUUUGUGGGAGUUGCUCCUCUCCCCCCAAAUUCCAUAAUGAGGGCCCGCGAGCUUGUAGGUAUGCUGACCAUGGUGGGCUUUGCGUUGGGGAAGGCUCCAGUUGCCAGAGUCCGUACCUGCCACCUGUGCCUCUUAGAAGACCCUUCACUAGGCUGCAUUUCUGGCUCAGAAAAGUGCACCAUCAGCCUUCCAUCGCCGUGUAUGGUGAUCACCAUCUAUAAAAAUACUACUGUUCGCUUCCACGUACGGGGCUGUGGACAGCAUCAUUCCUACCGAUGUCAAGAAAGGCAUAUGAUCUACCAAUCAGAGUACUUGUAUAAGGCCGAUUGCUGCCAGUACGAUUACUGCAACUCCUGGUCCAGUGCUCAGCACCAGAGCACCCUGUAUGGGUCCCCAGGAAGCCAGCUGGGCAUGCCCCUGUCAGCGUCUCAGAUAAAACAGUUUUACCAGGUCCUGAACCUCUCUCUGCCUCAGCCUGGCUUCCAUGCUCAUAAGGUGUCUGAGGGUCUGGAGUCUCUCAUUCUGCCCCUGGAGCUGGGCUUGUCCAUUGCUGACCUGCGCCAAAUAUACUUGUUCCUCAAUAGUUCAGGACUUCUGGUCCUUCCCUGGGAUAGACCCUGAUGUGUUCCCCUUCCUAGAUUCCGCUCUGUCCGAGAGACUCUUCCUUUGAGGGGCCCAGCAUCCUGCUCUGCGGUCUGUGAACACUCAGAUCCUCUGGUGCCCUCUGAUCUCUUAAGCUUUCUGCUCUACAUGGCCAGCUUCUGUAUGGCACCUGGAUCUGGGGGCUGGUUUGUCUUCCUCCUAUUCAGGAAGCUUAAGGAUGGUUUUCACCAAGGCUGACUUGACAAUGAUUCCCAUUUUGAGUGUCACUGUCUUCGUGUACCCUCAGUCUGGUCAUAUGCCAUAUCUGAGCCUCAGCAGCAAGGCCAAAGGGUGGACUUGCAUACCUUUACAUCUGGCACAGCGACCUAUCUCACUAUCUCCACCAUCCUGGUCCGCUGUCCUUGGCCUCAUCAUUUCACCUGACUGCCUGCCUUGUAAGGGGUUGCAGUGGCUCCCAUGUCUCCUCUGUAAUAAAUCAAAACUUGGCAAAA